ACACAACACCACGUUAUCUGGAUGUCCGUAGAGUCGUCCGACGAUGGGGGAUUGGGACGACUCUACGGACAUCCAGAUAACGUGGAAAUAUACCCCGGCGUAGUCAUCGAGGCAGUCAGUCACCGAAGAUCAAGCGAUGCACGCCAUCAUCAAGGACGACUUCAUGACACACCCCAGUCAAUGUACGCCAUCAUCAAGAACGACUUCAGGGCAUACCCCGGUGUGAGCAUCAGGCUUACCAACAAAGCUGAAGCCAUGCACGCCAUCAUCAAGAACGACUUCAUGACACACCCCCAUGUGACAAUGCACGCUUUCGUCAAGAACAACUUCAUGACACACCCCGGUGAGCAACAGCCCUACCGCAACGAAGACGAAGCCAUCCACACCGUCAUGAUCAACCACAUCAUGACACACCCCCAUGUGACGAUGCACGCCGUUAUCAAGAAGCACUCGAUGGUGUGCUGCUGUGUCGAUCGCAGCUACAAUUCGCUGCGUGAAGCGGAGCACCUGGGGGACCUUGGACUGCGAGGUUUGGUCGCGUUUGUCGAGGAGGUGGAACAAUGGUCGCCGCCUAUACCAUCCCGCCCAACGUUCAGAGGCUCCGGGACAAGUCAAGAUAGCAUCCGCCCAACGGCGACCCCUCCUGUGGACAUACCGGCAACCAGCGAAUCUCCCGCCGCAACCAAGGACUUCACGAGUCCUUCCAGCUACAAAGAUCAGUUAAUGCGACGGCGAAUCCCGCCGGUCAGUUUCGACAAUGAGAUCAAGCUUGACUCGGGACAUCGGCAGAGCAAGCAAGCGCCCACCCUUGGAAAAGCCGUCGAAGGCUCGUGA